AUGCCGCCUUCAAGACCAAAGCCUUCAGAAAUAGCAGCCGAGGCCAAGAAGACAUACAUUCCCUACAUUCGGCAUAAUUUUAGUUCUCAAUGGCCUCCCACCUCGUUCCUAUGCCACUCAGAGUCGUUAAUAGCUCCACCUUCCAUACAUCCAGGCCGGCAAGUCCAUUUUGCUUUCUAUGAGCGAGAUCCUGUUGAUCUUGCCCUAGAAUGGGCACCUUCAGAACCAGUUCAAAUUCCUGUGAUAAUGCCCGCAAAUGACAAAAGACCAGGUGGCGACUGGGAAGCUGGUGUUAUGUCUCUUGAGGAGUGUCUCUGUAGGCGGAGUAAUCUAUUUGCCACGCUUACUACACCUGCUCUUGGAAACUCCGCCGCCUCAAACUAUCCCAUUCCAUCAAAAGCAGGAAUAUUCUCAGAGAGAGUUGUGGUGUUUCGGAACGGCCCUUCUCAAUACGAACCAUGGCAAGAAUACAAAGCUCUGCCUAUAAUCUCGGUUUGUCCUGUUAAACGUCCGAAACUGGACAGCUCCGGAAAGAAGUACUCAUUCAAACAAGAAAGGGAACUUAUGCGGGAUAAUAUUCUGACGGCGUUACGGAUUGCUGUUUACUACGGAUAUCCCAAUCUCUGCAUCGGCAGCUUUGGCUUAGGGCCUGGCUUUAGAAACCCACCUGAGGAAGUGGCCUUGAUGUGGAGAGAUGCAUUCUUAAAGGACCCCGAGUUUCAAAAUCACUUCGAGGACGUGGUCUUCGCAUUCGAGAACCCUGAAGAUCUUGGGGAGGUAGCAUCCUCCUCCAAGUCUGGAUUAAAACCAUCCUCCUCCAGAAGCUCGGCUUCCAAGAACUCGACGGUGUCAGAUCUGGAAAUUUUUAAGCAGGUGUUCAAGCCAAUGAAUAUCCAUGGGGCUUUCAAAGAAGGAUGA